AUGGAUUCUUUCGAACUUGUAUGUAUAUAUGAAGGUGCUCUUAGCUCAGAAAAUGGUAUCAGUCAAAAAAGCUCCCAAAUAUCACAAGAUCGUUUAAAAAGGCAAACACUCCAGGUAAUCAUUUCUUUUUUACAUAUCUCUGUCUCUCAAGCAAGAUGUCCGCCCAAAAAAGGUAUAUUCAGCCAAGUGAUCAAGGACCUCGUUAACCGGGGCAAAAAUGUCACGGUCAAGUAUGCUACCAAGAUUGAAACUUGGGAUCGUGCCUAUCUAGCCGGUAGCGUGCAGGAAGAUUUCAGCAAAGCUAUAGAAAAGGCAGACAUUCCUGCCGGCGCCACGACCGCCAUUCCAGCAUGUGUGGCUUUCUCUGCAAUAUUGAGCUUCGCGAUUGAAUGCUGA